AUUUUCUCAGACAGUAUUCAGUUUUGCAUUUGCAUUCUUAUAAAGCACAGCUUAUCAAUUAAAAAAAGCACAAUGUUUUUCAAAACCUUAAUCUUCUUUGGACUUUUGGCUGUAGCCCUUGGAUUUACACUUCCUGAAGAAAAUACUGCUGGCCUUGUUGAUUCAGAAUGGGUCUAUGGAGAUGUAGUGCCAGUGGCUGAAGAUGUUGUUCUUGUAAGGAAAGCUCGAUCACCUCAGGGCUCAAUGAGUGGUACCUUCGAACACAGCCGUCGAGAUGGAUCAAGUGCAAACUUUGACUACAACCAUCAAGUGACAAGAAAUUUGGAUGUUUACGCUGGAGCUGGAAGGAAUUUCCGAUACAAUGACAACAAUGCUCAUGCUGGCUUGAGAUAUAGAUUCUAAUUUGAUUGAAAAAUGCUUCCUUUUAAACAUUUUUUUUUUUUUUUAAUUUUCAUCAAAAAUAGUGUUUUUAUAAACUUUGGCAUUAGAGAUAAUUUAAUACUGGCAGACUAAAAUUUAAGAUUUAUAUUUAAUUAAAUAAAAAAUAAUUUAUUGUAAAA